AAGUUAAUAACAAAUUUGCAGCAUAUGAGUAGAGCAGCCUCCACAUGUAAGAAGAAAAAAAAUCCCAUCGAAUUAUCAGUGAAAUCAAUCAGAUCUGAAAUUGAGAAUAUGAGUGGGGUAUUCACAAUUUCCUCACUGUAUGCUCCUGCUCCUGCUCAUACUCAUCGGCUCCAACCUAAUUGCAUCAUUCCCCCAUGGAAUUCCUCUUUUCCAAUCACAAACAGAAGCGGAAAUGUUGCACCACUCAAUUUCACUUGUAACUUCAGCUCCAACCCUCCUCCUGGUGAAAAUGAGAGUAAGAAUGUCCUUGAUGCGUUCUUCUUAGGUAAAGCUCUGGCAGAAGCAGUUACUGAGCGCAUAGAGUCUACAGUAGGGGAGUUCCUAAGUACAGUUGGCAGAUUGCAAUCGGAGCAACAAAAGCAAGUUCAGGACUUCCAGGAGGAGAUUCUUGAAAGAGCCAAACAAGCCAAAGAGAAAGCAGCACGUGAGACGAUGGAAACACAAGGACUUAUUUCCAACUCAUAUGAAGCAGACACAUCGACAGCAACUGCAGCCUCAGCUUCUGGGAGCGUAGCUAGUCCGCCGCUGACAAACAUAAAUUCCCAGCCUGCCAAGGACUCUGAGAUAGGGAUAUCAAAUGGAGAUUGAUACUGUAGUUGUAUUGCAUUCGUCCUUGUAAUGAAAUACCUAGUUAGAGUUGUCCAAUGGAACAGUAUGAUACUUGUGGAAGAGGAAAUAGAACUCUAUCUGUGAAUACCAUUUCACCAUAAACAUUGUACCUUUUCUCUCUACAUAAUUAAUAAAACUUCAUAAAAUCUAGUACAA